AAUGAAAGUAGAGCUCCAGUUUGAGGGGCAGUGAUUCACCUGUUGCUCCCUCCCGGUUCGGUCGGGGGAGAUAUGAGAGGUUAUUACAGCUGACUUCACAUCUGCCACACCACUCAGCUGACAGCCUGCCACCACAUCAAACUGCCCACGAUGUCUGCUGAUAAAACCAUCGUUUUCUUUGACCUGGAGACCACUGGCUUAGACACUGCAGUGUGUGACAUCAUCCAGUUGUCGGCCAUCUGUGGGGAGAAGGUCUUUAACGCCUACACCCUCCCCCGCCGCGCCCUCACCGAGAGCGCCAAAAACGUCACAGGCUUCACCGUCAGCAAUGGCUGCCUGUUUCUCCGUGGGGUGCCAGUAGACACCAUCCCUCUUUUUGAUGCUCUCACCUCCUUCAUCACCUUCCUUCGCUCCUUCCGCCGCCCUGUGGUGCUGGCGGCCCACAGUGCAAGGCGGUUUGACGCGCCUGUGCUCACCAGAGUGCUGACACAGUUCGUCCUCCGGCAGGAGUUCCAGAAGGUGGUGUCUGGGUUUCUGGAUACCUUCCUGCUCAGCAAGAAUGUCUUCCAUGGUCUGAACAGUUAUUCUCAGGAGAACUUGGUCCGCCACUUCCUUGGAAAGACCUAUGACGCUCACAAUGCUAUGGAGGAUGCGAGGAUGCUGCAGGAGCUGUUCAACACAUGGAACCCUGGCGGAUGGGAUAUCAGCAGAUUUACCUACAGGUCAUCCCUAGCAUUUUAAAAAAAGCUUCAGAAAACACAAGAAUAUUUUUUCUUCAUGUACAGUUUGGUCUAACUGAACAUGAAGAAAAAAUAUUCCAUCUAAAAAACAUCUAAAAGUUUUGUUCUCAUCAUGAACCCUCAGGUUGUUGGACGGACUUUGAACAUUCAGAAAAAAUAUUAAAUGACGGGUAAAUUAAUUUCCUUGUGAAUGGAGACAAAUAAUGUUAACUCACAGAUAAGUCAUGUUGAUUCUGUAUAAUGAUUUAUAUUUGAAAGCUACAUAUUUAAUGUUUUUUUAACAUGUCUCACAAGUGUACUUUGUCUUUCCAGUCAAAUGUAGCACAGUUUGCCAAACAAGAACCAAUAAACUUUCAUAUAAUUCUUCUUCACAA